CACCCACAUGCCCGGAAACGAAAUAAAACAACUUUCUGUGCUUUGUGUUUUUGUUGUCAUUAGAAUCCUCGGGAUCUGAUGUUAUUAAGACAGUCAAAAAAACAAAGUUCUUUUCACUUCAAUUCCCAAGUAAAUUAACACCCUUUUCGAUCUCAAACAUUCCUUUUGUUCUUUGCCUUUUCUUUUUCUUAUUCUUUUGUCUCCCUUGCUUCCUUAUUAUUUGAACAAGAAGGGAUCUUGUACUAAAAGAAAACUUUCUUGAGUUCUUUCUCUCUAAUCAUCAUCCAUUGUUAGAAGAUCAACCAGAUCUAUUUAUAAGGUUUGAGAUCAUCAUACCAUUGAGAGUAUGAAUACCUUUUCACAUGUUCCUCCUGGUUUUAGAUUCCACCCGACGGAUGAAGAACUCGUGGAUUACUACCUUAGGAAAAAAGUUGCGUCGAAAAGAAUUGAUCUUGAUGUUAUCAAAGAUGUUGAUCUCUAUAAAAUUGAACCAUGGGAUCUUCAAGAGUUAUGCAAGCUAGGAACUGAAGAGCAAAAUGAGUGGUAUUUCUUUAGCCACAAGGAUAAAAAAUAUCCAACAGGAACUCGCACUAAUAGGGCUACGAAAGUUGGCUUUUGGAAAGCUACGGGAAGAGACAAGGCCAUAUACUCUAAGAAUAAUCUGGUUGGCAUGAGAAAGACCUUGGUGUUCUACAAGGGCCGAGCUCCCAACGGACAAAAAUCAGAUUGGAUCAUGCAUGAGUAUAGACUAGAAACAGAUGAAAACUCCAUGACUCAGGAAGAAGGAUGGGUUGUAUGCAGGGUUUUCAAGAAGCGCAUAACCACAGUUCGUAGAAUGGAAUCACAUGAUUCUUUGUGUUGGUACAAUGACCAAGUCUCAUUCAUGCCCGAUUACGAAUCCCCAAAUCGGGUAUCGCAUCCUUACACUUCUAAUAGUUCAUACCAACAUCAACUUCCUGCAAAAUCUGAGCUUGAUGAAAUGAAUUACAACUUGCCUCUUGAACACUCCUUCCUCCAGCUUCCUCAAUUAGAAUCCCUCAGAUAUCCACAACCCGCAGUAGCCGGAUUAAGUGCUUCAUACACAAGCACUAAUUUACAGCCCCCAACUCAGCAGCAAUCCAAUGUGAACUUGUUUUAUGGCAACAAUAAUGAUAAUAAUGGUGAACAUGAUCAUCAACUGACCGAUUGGCGAAUACUUGAUAACUUUGUUGCUUCUCAGCUCAGUAACGAUCAAAAUGCGGUCACAAAAGAAAAUACUUAUUUGAAUCAUCCUUCAUCAUCAUUUCAAAUGGCUGAACAUAUGAACAUGCUUCUUAGCGACUCAAAGAGUGAUGAGAUGGCUUCCGAAGGUGCCUCGAUAUCCGCAUCCACAAGCCAAAUUGAUCUUUGGAAGUAAUUAUAAAAAAACAGUAUUUUGAACUUCUUGUUCAUCAAGGGUUACAUGAUACAUAUUAUAGUGACUAGAAUGUAUGUACUAAUAUCAAACUUUUGAUCUGCUUGCUGUAUAUAACAAAAGUAAUAUCUAUGAAGCAACUUAUCAAAUUUGUUGUACUAAGCUAAGCCAAAAAUAUUAUUUUGAU